GCGCUUGUUUACGCCGCAGUCUCGGAACGCGCGCAGCAAGUGAUGGGCUUCCCUUAAAUAACACUUCUCGGCCUUUUUCUGGAGUGGAUUUGCUAUCGCCGCACUUCGCCAGGAUUCGAGCUCGGGGCACCUGACGGAAGUUUUUCCCACUGAAGGCGGGGGCGGAAAGAUAUUCCAAAGCCAAGGAAAGUACGAGGGACAAACCAAACAUGAGUUGCCUCGACCAGCACGUACCACAACUGCAAUGAAGUCAUGAUGUUCAACCGCCCCCGUUUCGCGCGCUGAACACCCACUGAAGAGCUACAUCCACACACGCACGCUGUGCUGAAUUCAAAAGCACUCUGGAGCUGAGGAAUUAAAACCAAGAUUAUGGUCCAACGGUUCACCUCAGGCCGCCUGCUGGGAGCCCUCUUGGGCCUAUUUCUGCUCAUGCCGGUUCUGAUCGCACCAACACCACCAAGCAUGUGUACUCCUUUGAGGACACUCAAUGACAAGCUGAGCAACAGGCGACGAUACAUGAAGCACAACUUCCCCGUCAACUACACCAUUCGGGUUCAUCGCGAGGAAGUUUUUAAACUAUCAAACAUCAGCAGAAUGAAGUUAAAUGUGGACAACCUAGAAGAGAUCCACCUCCAGAGGAUGUGGUUCCUCGUUAACCACGGCGUGUUAAAAAGGAUAAUCCGAGUGAUGCCAGAGAGACAUCCUUCGCGUCCCUACACCACAGAGUUGGAGAAACGUCUCCAAGACGCCGAGGGGGUCUUCGUGCAAUCCCAUCCUCCUGAGGUGUUCCAGCAGGAGCUUCCAGACGAAGUCCAGGAGAUUUGGGAUUGUUUAACAGAAAAGUCAGACAGAGUGCCAGAGUCCAGCUGGAGGUUCGCGUCCCCAAAAUCCCUUCUGGACAAUUUCUGUCACACCAUGCACUGCCUCUUCAGUGAAUGCUUUGCCACCACAGAAACGCAGGACUACUUGGAAACCUCCCAUUGUCAGAAAGGCAGGAAGAAAGCCUUAAGGGCAAACAGCUGAGAGGAGGAGAGGAGAGGAGGGUGAGGUCAUCCCUUUUCGUGCCCGAUACAUAUGUGAUUUAACCUUGACCUUGAAGGAGCGAGAAGGAAAACCCACGUCUUCACCCAAAGGCUGUCUGGAUGAUAUGUUAUCUAUAAAUUGGCCCGAAUAUCUCCUCAGAUAAAGAGAUUUGCUCAUUUUGAUAUGUAGCAAACUAAAUGCUAUUAUGUGACAUAAAUUAUUUGCUAAGAUGGGGUCUUUUUUGGGGGGAUGGAAGAUGCGCUGCAACUUGCCUCAUCCGCAGCGAAAGGUUAACUUGACCUCCGGAGGACAUUGCCUUCACCAGCUGUCUGCCUUAAAAAGAUCGCUAUGUUCUCAUCACAUCAGAUAUCGUGAUGAAAAUGUGCCUCACAUUGGGUUGAUGAUAAUAUAAGAAAACAAAUAAGUCACUUUGUUUCAACCACUGUACCACCACACAAGGAUACUCUGCUUAGCAAGGCCACCUUCAGUGGCCGCAAGUCUGUGAACAUCAACGCCAAAGACAGGCUGCUACUUUUUUCUCCCGCCAUUCUGCUGUCAACAAAAGCAUAUUAGGAUAGACGUUAUGCUUUUAUUAUACUAUACCUAUUUGUUAUCCAUGGACUAUUUCACUUUGAACAUUUGCUGUGCAUGAAGAGACUUGGGCACGGAUGACUUGGGGACUUGCUUUGCUUAAGAAGAAGCUUGACUGAUAAAAGUGCAAAAAUGGCAUAACAACACAGAUUCUACAUGAAUUUAUUGCUAGUGUUCAAACCAAUUUUGUAUUUUUUUAUACUGUUUAUAUACUGUAUGUCACAUUUAUCAAUGUGCACAGGUAAGAUAAGUGCUUUUUAGGAACCUCUUUAAAUGAAUUAAUAUGCCAAAAGUGUAGUAAACGCACCACAUACAGACCAUAUUACAGUUUGUUGAAAACUGAAUCCUGGUGAAAAAUAUCCUAAACAUAAGAAGAUAAUCUAUCCAUCCGUGUCUCACUUAAUAUGUUGAGUAUUUGCAAACUCCACGCAGGCGAGGCCGGGAUUUGAACCCUGGAACUCAUAACUGCGAGAUAGAUGUGGUAACCAGUUGUACACCUUUCCACCCUCUUUCCUGUAACAUUACAGCUGUAUUGUCGUAACGUUACCAUUUUUUUUUUGUUGAAAUUAUGAUCGUAUUUUUGUCAUGUUAAUUCAACAUUACAAAUACCAUCCAUUCAUUUUCUGUCCCUCCCUUUUGUUUAUAAAGCUCCUACAUGUGGAUCGACAUCACCACCAAUGUUGUUCAUUUAGGACAGCUGUGGUGUAAACUUGACAUUGGGAGUGGAAGUGAUCUGAUAAAGAUGUUAAGCACUGUGUAUAUUCAUAUUUUGGAACAUGUGCAUAUUGUAUUGUACUCAAGUGCAGUAAGUUUGUCCUGACAGUGCAAAUUAUAUUUCAAUUUUUUUUCAAUGUAAAUGUUCAAAUGGUAAGUACUUAGGAGCACAAGCACCCCCCACCCAUCAAUUUAUUAUCUAUACCGCUUAUCCUCACAAGGGUUGCAGGUGAGUCAAAUAAUGUAAGUCUUAAACUGGGCCAAGCCAAUGUAACUGCACCAUUGUAAUCAAGCUACAGUAGUAUUACUAGAUAAUCAAUAUGUGCAUUUAUUUCAUAAUCUGUUUGCAUAUUUGCAUCAAAGGUCACAGUAUGUUGAUGUUUUACACCUUUAUAGAAAAAAAACACGACAUGUGUUUGAUUGUCAGUUUCAGGAUCUUUUAUCUUGAUGCGGGGUAUUCACUCGUUUAAAUGCUGACUUGCUGGUUAAGUCAGUUGUUUUCCUCCCAUUUUUCUAUCGUUUCAUAGAAAUGUUUGAAGUUGGUGUAACAAUAGUUGAUUGGAACAACAAGCACUGUAAAAUACAAUACUCUGCUUCAGUGCAUAUAACAAGUUCUCCAUGAUUUGUUGUGGUGGUGGUGGUGGGGGGUCAAAGUUUUUAAAAUAUUCAGAAUUGGGACACAGCAGAAAAAGCAUUUAAAGUGCAAUGUGAAAUUAGAUAAGGGUGUAUAAACCUCAGGUACUUUUAUCAUGCGUGUCACAAAGACAAAUACAGUAUUUAUUUGUGAAGGCGUUCUUAUUUCCCGUUAGCAUUCCCAACCUACUUAGCUAUUUAAUGUACGUCGAAGCUUUAAAAUCAGAGGUGUGCCAGAAAAGUACUCUUGGCAGGGUGUCACAAAAGAUAAUAUUUCAAACCCAAACUGAGUUUUUUUGUUCAAUGGGGGGGUCAGUGUUUAUAAAAAAAUACCGUGGCAUUUACUACUUUCCGUGCACCAGAAAAGAUAAGAGCUGUGGGAGGAAGACAUAUUGCUUACAACAAUUUGUGUUCAAGAAACAACACCAUGCUGGAGAAACUUGCCACUCACCUGACCUGCCUCCAUGUGAUCCAUCACACCCCACAUUUUCAAGCAGCUGGUCGCAACGGUAGCCAUUUUAAAGAUGUGAAGGACAUCAAGAUGGGAGAGCUGCAGAGGAUCCACGCAGAAACCUUCCAUGAAUGCAUAAAGAUGCAGUAGAGAAGGGUGCAAGUGUAUGAGAAUCCGGGGGUGUCACUUCCAAGGGCCAAACUUGUUGCUAUCAUUUGAAGUAUAUCUUUUGUGACACCAGUCCUGGAGCUUUUCUGACACAACGUGUCAAUUUUUACAUUGACAUGGCGUGAUGGUCGUGGAUCAUAUUUCGGAUCUGAAACCAAUUCUGCUUUCCACAUUUUAUGGGGUUCAAUAUUCUGAAAUGUGAUGAUGACCAUGAUAAAAUAUAGUAAUGGCUGAAUUGUGUGCGAUUGCUGUGAAUGCGUUUAUUUUUGCUCACACUAGGAAGCAAAUGUAAUGAUGCAUGUUUGUAACAGCAUGAACAUUUUAAAAUGUAUCCCCCAAAACAUGAAGUCCGAUGUGCAACCGGACAGUGACGAAGGACAACAGAAAGAUGAGUGCAAAUGCAUCAAUUGUUGUUGUCUGGUUUGAACAUAAGAUCAUUUUUUUUUAUACACAGGAUACCGAAUAUAUUUAUUUUUGAAAAUGUAUAUGGCUACUUACUGUAUGUGACCUUUUAUGAAAGUAUAAUAAAAA